AUGCACUGGCCCAGCAUUAUUUGUAUGCUGAUUUUAAUCAUCUACUCUAUUACGAUUCGGGCUCAAAGAAAUGACUGCAGUAGAUUGAGGCAACGUUGUGAGCCCUGUGCACGCCGUCUUACCGAUCCUGUCAACAAUUUGGAAUCCAUUAAUCGGAACUGUCGUGCAUGGAUCAGUGAUACAUGGAUUUGGCGCGAUGUGAACCGCUGUGACAUGCAAAUUAUAGCCUGUGAAAAUCAUGAUAGGAAAUUAGACUGCGAGACUGUGGCUUUAUUGGCCGGCAUGAGAAGGCGACGAAGGGACAACUAA